UUUUUUUUAAGACAGUAGUGGGUGUCCGUGUCCGGAUGAGGCGGAGCAUCUAACGGCGGCAAAUUUGACCGACGACUACUCCGCAAACCUUUAAAAAGUCACGUUUUUUCCACAAGUUUUUGGUAAAGACCACAUUAAACAUGGGUCCGAAAUUAGAGCGCCGUAUUGAAGGACCGAUGGACAAAUUUAUCACGAAAAACAUGAAAGGGGAAAGCAGCCAGCCUCCUGAUUUACAUUCUGCUGCUAAGCCCUGUGGUACGCCACCACCUUCUCAGGCGUGUCGUAUGCCCCUCGCCCAAAGGCAGCAAGAAUCAGUUCCAGCCCCCCGCCACCCUCUGGAUAAACAGAAAGAGGAGCCACAUACAACCCAUACUUUUGAGUGGUGCUGGAACGACAAGAAAUUCAAUGUGACCUGCAAUAAAGCAAGAACUGUUGAGGAGUUGCUGAAGAGAAGCCCACAGUUUAAAGAAAUUGCAGAAAAGAACAAAAACAAAGAGCUUGUUAUUGUAAGAGAAGGGAAAGCUAUCAGUUCACACUUUCCAUGCAGCUUAAUUAAGAAUGAACGUCUGACUGUCAAGUAUGUUAAAGCUGUAGACAGGGAGAAACAAUCGUUGGGGGGAUAUUGUGACCCCGUUGUUCUGCGGAGAAAGGGGCCAUCUAGCGAGCUUGUGAUGUUUCACGUGCAGACAAAGGGAGGUAAAAAUGUAGCACAAAUCAUGAGAAACCCAGCAAUAAAAAUUGAGUUUCAGGAAAUUACUGUUUACGCAUACAAAGGGGAAAAAGUGAAGCGCGCUCUGAAAAGAGACGGCCGUUUACGUGAUAUUGUAUUCAAAAAGAACUGUUGCCUCUCUCACAAAAGCACUGAUGUAACCACUGAAAUGUCCAGUCUCGUUGAUGAUCUUGAUGGAGAAAUCUUCAAGAUCAUUCUGCUCAAUAAGUCUGCUCCACCAGAAAGUCAGCCCGGUAGUCUCGAUGACGCUUACAUGAUACAAAAUGAAUCUCUGAACUCUGAAUCUGACAGAAACCAAGAUCCUCCACAGGAGUCUGCCACAACUGAGUCAGUGAAUAGCAACACACCAAAAGAGAAACUAAAAGUAAAUGAUAAUAUGACAGCAGAAAGAAAUUGUGAAAUACCCAAUUCAAAAACCAUGAAGGAUUACCUGUCCUCACAGUUUGAAAGUUUGGUGAAAGGCCUAAAAACCCCUCAAUCUAAGCUUUCCCGUAUCCAGAAUUUAUUCCGUGUGGAGUUUGGGAAGAAUGCUCAAACAUGUGCAGAAGUGAAAACAAUGAAGAAACUGAUGAAACUCAGUGAUUCAGUUUGCCAGGUGAGAGUAAAUGGGAGUCCAGAAGGGAGUGGCUUUCUCUUGUUUGACAAGUUUGUCCUCACAAAUGGCCAUGUAAUGAAAGUAUAUGAUGAGACUACAAGGCAGCUUAAUGAGACAGUCACUGUCCAUUUCUCUUUUGAAAGUCUAGACCAGCAGGAGGAAGGGCAAGACUCAGGAUCAAAAGUGGAAGAGGUCACUGGCUUUGAGUUCGGUCUUAAUGAGUCAGGGCAAGAGUCUGACUGGGCUUUGUUAAGGCUGGGUGAUGAUCAGACAUUGCCCAAUAGUCUGUUAGCACACUUUGGAUUCCUUACCCGCAGUAAAGGUAUUUGCAUUAUUGGGCAUCCUGAUGGUGGUGUGAAAAAAAUAGACCCAUGCUUGAUUGUUCCAACUGAUAACCGCAUCCAGGUUGUGGAGAGGCAUUACCUUGAAAACCAAGGACCCAUUCAAUGUGUUACUCCCCGUUUCUUUGAGAGUGUUGCAGAAUCUGUUGAGAAACGGAGACAGGUCCUAACUUAUGAGUCUUGUUUUUAUUUUUUCUCAUCUGGCUCUCCUGUCUUUGACGAGCACUGUAAUGUUGUUGCAAUGCAUACAGGGGGGUAUGCCUACCCCGAUGCAAGGGGCGAAACCCAGAGUGUGAUAGAGUAUGGUCAUCCUUUGUCCGUCAUUAUCGUACGCUUCAUUGUCCAGUUAGUGGAAAGAGGACGGUUUGAUGUGUUGAAGAAAUACCUCUCUUGCAGUUACGUGCGACACCAAAACCUGAUGAGUGAUUUGAAGAAACUGGUCGAGAGCAGAAAUCUCACAGCAUUUAAAAAUGCAGUUAACAAUUCAGAGGUCACAAAUGACGAAAGUUUGAUGAAGUUCUUUGGAUUUAUCUCUCAGAAAGAGGAACCUGUCCCAAUGGACAUAGAUUGAGCGUACACAGAUAGUUAUAAAGCUAACUGCUGACAAAAGCAGAGCAUUUUGAGCUUUAAGGUCUUUGUUUUCAUAUAUCAGGAUACUUCUCUCAUUGUUUUGAGAACAUAAUCAGUUUUAGGAUAAAGGGAACUAUGCUUUACUCAAAAGUCAUUUGCCACAUGUUUGUAUCUUUAAAUGUUAAUUUUUAUUAUGGUUUGUUAAUUUUCUUUGUUAAGCAACUAUCAUAUUGUUGUUCUGAAAGCUCAUGUAUAUUAUAUUUGUGUUUUUUAAUUCUGUGUUUACAGCAAAUAUCACUGCAGUGGUUGGAUUUCUUAUAGAGCCAGACUGAUGAAUAAAACAGACAGCAUUAUCUGUUGUCAGAUAACAAGAAAUUGCAGUACAGAAAUGCAAAACAUACUCUAUGUUUGACAAUGAGGAAAUAUGGAAGCAGUGCCUCUAUUACAUAGUUUGUCCACCAGAGAGCACAGAUUAUAAAGUGUCUUGUACAGAAAUGUUUGUUUCUAAAAACAUGUUCUAAAUCCAUCUUGCUUUAAUUUUUAUUGUUUUUAAUUAUCUGUUUUUAAGAAAAUCACCUUGAGAUUUUGAUUUCAUCUUAUUUGAACAACAAUUGUAUAAUAUUUGAUAAUAUUCUGUCAUUGUUCUUAUAUCGCUGUCUUGGGAAUGUAUCUUGAAAAUGAGAAGUGGGAUUUCUUAACUGGUUAAAUCAUGUCAUUACUUUUAACAAAUGAAUGAUGAUUCAUCAAUAAUCAAUAAAUAAAUCAUAUUUAGAUAAUGAA